AUGUCUUUCUCAUCGGAAAUAUUCAACAAAAAGCUUUCCGGACUUUCGGAGACUCAGGACUCCAUUGUGACCAUUUCUCAAUGGAUUCUCUUCCACCAUAGGCACUCCAAGGAUUCUGCAAGAUACUGGUCGGAGUACAUAUUGAACCUCUCGUCGAGCACAUCGUCGUCGUCGAAGAAAUUAUCGCUCUUAUACUUGUGCAAUGACGUUGUGCAACAGGCAAGACAUAAGAGAAAGCCGGAAUUUAUCCGCAAUUUCGCCGAAGUGUUGCCAAACGUCUUCAACAAGGUGUACAAGACGGUCUCGGAUCUGGUGAAGCCCAAGGUCACCAGGUUGAUUGAUGUCUGGGAACAGAGAUCUGUUUUCACGAGGGAUGAAAUCAAACUGAUGAAGAGAGCUGUGGAAUUAAGUAAGAAUAACAAGAAUAUCGAAGACUACGACGAUGCUGAGGGCACUGGCCUGGGAAAGAGCGGCUCCAACAACUCCUCCUCGGGUGGAGCAGACAUUGCCCCCGAGUUGGCUCAUUUGAACGACUCGUUGGUCCAUCUCAACACCUUGAACCUGUCAAAUCAGUCCAUUCUUCAACAAAUGACCAUACAGUCGAAAACCUAUCUUCCUAGUGACCCCUCGGCUUCCGAUAACUUACCCUCGCCCAAGAUCUAUAUAUCGAAGUUAAACAUAUUGGAGAAGUUCUGUAACUUGGCCACUACAAACCUUUCGAGCAUUAAGAACGAAAGGCAACUGCUCUUGAAGCAGUUGGAGAGCCUUACCACGAUAGUAAGUAGCGGAAUCAAGUCAGAUGAUGCGAAGUUGGAACUUGUUCAAACCACGUUAGCUAAGCUCAAGGAAACCAUGAGUGAGUUGGAGGAAAUGAUUGAGCCAGAAGAGCCCUCUCCCGCCUACGACGAUGAACCCAUUAGAAAGAACUCAAAAUCUGAUAUCAGCAAUGCGGAAGACGAUGACGACGACAUGAUUCCAACCUACGAAAACAGCGAUGACGAGGCUGAUGACGAUAACGAAAACAAAAGUAAUAGCAACAACCACAGCAAUAGUAAUGAUAGUAACAAUAAUAAUGGUAAUGGUAAUAAUGCAGAUGACGACGAGGAUGACUACGAGCCUGCGAUUAAAAGGCAUAAGCCAUCCAGGUCUCCAUCCAUUUCAUCUGGUGCUUCCACCCCAUCUCACAAGAAGUCUGUGGCAUUCUCGGAAGAUAUAGAAAUCAAGGAAUAUGAAAGAGAAGAAAGAACUGAUCUCAUACAAAUCCUUAAGAGUGACGAUGAGCACUCGGAAGAAGAGCCGUAUAAUACUGAUGAUAUCUACAAUACUGAUGAACCUUCGGAAGAGUUCGAAAAACACCAUAAGGAUGACUUGGAGCUCAAGCACGAACAUGAUGCAGAAAGCGGCGACGAGUACGAGCCUUCUGCACCAGAUAAUGAUACUCAAAAUGACGUACUAAGUAUAUUGUCCAAGUUGGGUUAG